UCGCUGUUCUGUGGUUCGUAUUGGCGCCGAUCCGAAGCCCAGAAGAGGGGGGGAGAGAGAGAUCGAGGCAGAGCCCCGGUUGGAUCGGCAAUGGCGUCGCAGAAAGAGCGCGAGAGCUUCGUCUACAUCGCCAAGCUGGCGGAGCAAGCCGAGCGCUACGACGAGAUGGUGGAUGCGAUGAAGAAGGUCGCGAAGCUCGACGUGGAACUCACCGUGGAGGAGCGGAACUUGCUCUCGGUGGGCUACAAGAACGUGGUCGGCGCAAGGAGGGCUUCGUGGAGGAUCCUCUCUUCGAUCGAGCAGAAGGAGGAGACGAAGGGCAACGAGCACCACGUGAAGAGUAUCAAGGAGUACCGCCACAAGGUGGAGUCGGAGCUCUCGAACAUCUGCGCCGACAUUAUUGCCCUGAUCGACGAGCACCUCAUCCCCUCGACGUCGGCCGGGGAAUCCUCUGUCUUCUACUACAAGACGAAGGCCGACUACUACCGUUACCUGGCGGAGUUCAAGUCUGGAAACGAGAGAAAAGAAAACUCAGAGCAGUCUCUUAAAGCGUAUCAGGCAGCUACCAGUACAGCUGAGGCAGAUCUGGCUCCUACUCAUCCAAUUCGAUUGGGUUUAGCAUUGAAUUUCUCGGUAUUUUAUUAUGAGAUCAUGAACUCACCUGAACGGGCUUGCCACCUUGCCAAGGAAGCUUUUGAUGAAGCUAUUUCUGAGCUUGACACACUGAGUGAAGAAUCAUACAAGGACAGCACAUUGAUCAUGCAACUGUUGAGGGAUAAUCUUACCUUAUGGACUUCUGACAUCCCUGAUGACGGAGCAGUAGAAGACGCCAUAAAGGAGAGUAAUGGGAAGCCUGGUGUGGUCGAUGAUGCAGAGUGAAGAGGGAACCGGGAGGAUACGAUCAUGUGGAGGCAGCAUCGUCACCUUGCUUGCUUCUAAAGGGGUUCCAGUUCUUAAAUUAUCUAUCUGUACUCAUGUCUUGUUUCGAAAGACUUGAGUUAGGAAUUCAUCUGAACUUGGAUCGUGCAUCUCUUUUGGGUAGUGGCUGUGUGGUUGGUGCUUGAUGUGUCAUUAGUGUCGAGUGUCAUUUUUCUUGUUACUGUAUCGAAAUUCCUGUGAUUGGAAAGGUCAGUCGUAGUUUCCAAAGGGCAGGAGUAUAAGAAGAGCAGAAAACCAAAUCGCUCAGUACAAGGAUCGUGCUUAUAGAGACACUUGAACUGCCAUUGUCGGUGCACGGUGACGAAGACGGAUGUCCAUUUAAUUCCUCGUGUGAGUCUGCACGCACAUUGAAUAGAAUGGUCGGUAUUAGUAUAUCUAUCGCA